AUGGCAGAAAUGGACAAAAAACAGCCGUCGCUCUCAGAGUCUCUGGGAGCACCUGUAGAGACCUCAGUCGAGAAGGGAAUUGUCUCCGGCGGCAACGAUAAUGAUCUUUUGGCCCAAUUGGGUUAUAAGCAAGAAUUGAGACGUCAUUAUUCGACGACUCAGGUCUUUGCUAUCGCUUUUAGUAUCAUGGCCCUGUUGCCCUCAAUUGCCUCGACUCUUUCAUUCUCUAUACCAGCAGGGCCUGUUGGAAUGACUUGGGCCGAUCUGGCGUCCGCGAUGCCAACGGCAGGUGGUCUAUAUUUCUGGACACAUUACUUCGCAAACGAGAAAUGGCGAAAUCCAUUGAGUUUCGUCGUCGGAUAUAGCAAUACUCUCGGUUUGGUUGGUGGUUUAUGUUCGAUCGAUUACGGCUUUGCUCUGAUGCUCCUCUCUCUCGUCUCGAUCGCAAGAGACGGUGAAUGGUCCGCCUCCCGUCCUGUGAUUUACGGUACUUACGUGGCCACCGUCUGCGUCCACGGUCUUAUGGCCACAUUCAUGGGCCGCAUAAUGAACCGCAUUCAAACCAUCUGCAUCGUCCUCAACGUCGGCCUCGUCGUGGCGACUGUCAUUGCUCUCCCGAUUGGUAAUAAACAUAAUGGCGUCCCCAUCAACUCUGGUUCAUAUGUAUUCGGCGACGUAGAGAACCUCACUACUUGGCCUGCAGGAUGGGCAUUUGUUCUCGCCUGGUUGUCACCUAUCUGGACCAUCGGAGCAUUUGACUCGUGUGUGCACAUGAGUGAAGAAGCGACACACGCUGCCCGCGCUGUCCCAAUUGGUAUCAUCCUUUCUAUCGGUCUCUGCGGUCUAUUGGGCUUUUUGUCAUUGGCUGUCAUGGCCGCUUGCAUGGACAAGAAUCUUACCAAUAUACUCGGUUCUGCCUUUGGACAGCCCAUGGCUCAGAUAUACUAUGAUUCUCUUGGAAAAUCGGGUGCUCUGGGCUUCAUGGCCGUUGUUGCAAGUGUUCAAUUCUUUAUGGGAUUGAGUAUUUUGAUCGCAGCCUCUCGUCAAACCUGGGCUUUCUCCCGCGAUGGAGCCCUCCCCUUCUCAGACUUCUUCCGACACGUCAGCAAACGCAUCCAAUACCAACCCAUCCGCACAGUCUGGGGUUCCGCAUUCAUCGCCAUCCUCAUUGGACUCCUGACUCUCAUCAACGCCGCCGCCUCAAACGCUCUCUUCUCCCUAGCCGUAGCCGGUAACGAUCUUGCAUGGGGCGUGCCCAUCCUCUGUCGUCUGAUCUGGGGUGACAAAACAGGCAAGUUCCGUCCCGGCGAGUUUUAUACUGGGUGGCUCAGUAAGCCGAUUGCUAUCGUGGCGGUGGCAUAUCUUUUCUUUGCCAUUAUACUAUCCAUGUUUCCGACAGGCGGACCGGAUCCUACUGCGGACAAUAUGAAUUACACUAUCGUAAUCAACAGCUUCCUCUGGGUUGGUGCCGCACUGUAUUAUUUCCUCUUUGCUAAGAAGUGGUAUACAGGACCAAAGUCAACUGUUGCCUAG